CCCCCUUCCCGUCAGCUUCCCCUCUCGGCCUUAGGUUCUGAGGGUUUGCGGGAAGCGCUACGUCUGAAGCCCGGGUGGGUUCGUGGGAGGCAGUAAGCCCGGUUCUCCAAGCCCGCUCCCGUUCUCUCGGGACUGACAACUGCUUCCCCGCCCCUCCCCAGGGCCUGGGACUCGAGGAGAAGGAAGGCGGAGGACCUUGGGGGAGGGGAGGAAAGACCAGAAAGUCCAGUCCUGGGGAGGAGGGGUGGAGCACGUGGGAGACAGUUCCCGCGUAGAACGAGCGGGAGCGAGCACGUGGAAGGGGAGCCCACGUCGGGAGUGGUGGAGCAGGGUUAAGUGACUUGCCCGGGGUCACACAGCUGAAAUGAAGAAGAGAAGCUCAUACAGCAGGGAGAAAUAUGGGAGAAACAGUUACUGGCAGAGCAGUGCCUGUCGCUGGAACAGAAGGCGGAGUUCUAAUGAAAGACAUGGAGCAGAGACAUCUCAUAGUCCUCAGAGUUCUGACAGCAAUACUAGAGCUUUUUCAUCAGCUUCCAGCUCAAAUGAAAGCUCUUCAGUGCCAGAACUGCCAGGAUUUUACUUUGAUCCUGAAAAGAACCGUUAUUUCCGCUUGCUUCCUGGACAUAACAACUGCAACCCCCUCACAAGGGAGAUCAUCCAGUACAAGGAGAGGGAGAGCAGAAGACUAAAGCUUUUGGAGGAAGAGGAUAUGCAAAAAAAGAAAACAACCAGAAUUGGAUUAAAUCCAUUACCCUUGUUGAACAAGAGGCAGUUGGGUUUGCUCUACUCUACCAAUUAUUGCCGAUUAGUCCAUGAGUUACAUGUAAACUGCAUGCAGAGAAAGAAGGUGGAAAUUCAGAGCCCUGAUUCCUCUGUUGUUGGAACUGAUCACUUUAAACUCAUAGUGGCUGACACUGCCCGGGAGAGGGUAUUCACAGUUAAUGAUGUGGAGCAUGGAGGCUGCAAGUAUGGCAUCAUCAACCUUAGUGGUUUAGGAACCAAGGCUCUCACUGUGGAAAUGUAUGACAACUUCUACUUUACCAAUCGCAAGGUAAAUUCUGUAUGCUGGGCCUCACUGACUCAUCCAGAUUCCCAUGUUUUGCUGUGUCUCAUGGGCAUUGCAGAGACUCCAGGCUGUGCCAGUUUACUUCCUGCCUCCUUGUUCAGCAACACCAGGCCAGCAGGAGACCAGCCUGGCAUGCUUUGCAGUUUUAAGAUCUCCACUGCCUGGUCUUGUGCAUGGUGCCUGAACCCUCAGGCUAAUAAUUGCUUCAGUACAGGCUUGUCCAGAAGGGUCCUUGUAACCAAUGCAGUGACUGGUCAUCGGCAGACAUUUGGGACCAACAGUGAUGUACUGGCACAACAGUUUGCCACCCAGGCCCCUCUCCUGUUCAGUGGCUGCCGCUCCGGUGAGAUCUUUGCCAUCGAUUUGCGUCACCGAAGUCGUAAAGGCCAUGGCUGGAAAGCUGCCCGCUUGUUCCACGACUCAGCUGUGACAUCUGUCCGGGUCCUACAAGAUGAGCAGCACCUGAUGGCAGCAGAUAUGUCCGGGAAGAUCAAGCUAUGGGACCUGAGAGCAAAUAAGUGUGUGAAACAAUAUGAGGGUCACAAUAAUGAAUAUGCCUACCUGCCCCUGCAUGUACAUGAGGAAGAAGGACUUCUGAUAGCAGUGGGGCAGGACUGCUAUACACGGAUAUGGAGCCUUUGUGAUACCCAUCUGCUCAGAACCAUCCCUUCCCCAUACCCAUCCUCCAAGGAAGACAUCCCCAGUGUGGUUUUCUCUUCCCAUCUUGGGGGCCCCUGUGGAGUGCCAGGAUUGCUCUUGGCUGUUCGACAGGAUCUCUACUGUUUUUCCUAUAAUUGAGUUUGCACUAGACCAGAGAAAGAAACCUAGUAGAUCCCAGCCUAAUGAAACAGAGAUCUAACCAAGUAGAUUAAACACAAACUCAUUAGUAGGUCUGAUGGUAUUAAUAUUGUUGCCAUCCUCCCUAGGAUAUGUUCGAUGGGUGCUUUAAACUUAUUCUUUUCUUCUUAGCUUCUUGAGUUUAGGUUAUAAGUCUUGCAUUAUGUGGGAAAGCUACAGAUGUGUUGUCUAAUUCCUCUGUGGGCUCAAGGAGUGUGCAAAUCCUUUUCAUAAAAGGUGCCCAUUUCCCUUCCCUUGGAAGAUCUCAUUCUGUUUUAAAAAGUAAACGACUUUCCAAGCACUGAAAGCAUUGAUUGAAGGUUUUUCCUUCUCAUUGACCAGAAACCUUACCUUGAACCUAUUGAAUGAGUUAGAAGUUAAUCUGUGUCUGGGUCCCAAGGUAUGUGCACAUGCCAUAUCAAGACAACAACUAUGAUAUUUCUGCAGACAGUUUAAGUAAACAAGACUUGAAGAGAGUCAAAGAUAGUCCUCUUAUAGUCUCUAAAGAAUACAAUGUGGCAUUAUGGUAUGGGUAACAGUUUAGACGUCUUGAUUAUACAGCAUAUAAGUCUCUGAGAUAUUUGUGCCAGUAUCUUUCAUGAGCUUUGGAAAGAAAUUUUUUUUUUUAAAUUAUGACUGGCUUUUCUUCUUUUGUUAACUGAGGAAUAAAUAUAGCAACAUAGAACUUUACAGUGCUUAAAAUAGAUGGGAAGUAUUUUUAAGUCAGCAAGUUUCAUAAAUCUUUUGCCACUGAAAAAUAAAAAUAUAUCUUUGCCGUUAUGGGGUAUGAUACCUUUUGUUGCUUUAGAUGCUUAAACAGACUAGACUGACACCAAGCUUACUAAAAUAUUGGGUGCUGACAUCACUAAAAUUUAAUGAACAUAUUCCCAGUGGAAGACAACUUUAAUACUGAGGACUGUGUAAUACAAUUGCUGUAUAUGACUGUUACUCUGUUAGCCAGUAACAAAUUCCUAGUUCAGAGAGGAACUAGGAAUUGGGUUUAAUGGUGUCUAAUGUAGGGUGGGAAGCCACCAUUUUGCUUGACCUGAAUCCAGGUGAAUGGGCUUACUCUGACCUUUCUUGCCAGCCCCACCCCCUUCCCUAACAAACCUUUUCACUCCAACAUUUCACUUUACCACUGGCCUACUGCCCAAAACAACCUGACAGUUCACUCACAAGUGUCUGUUGAACCACCCUCUAAUUGAAGGUCUAAGUUUGACCAUAUCCUCAUAUGUAAGGUCCCAUAAGUUUUUAAAGCUGAACAUUUAGCCCAAUGGGUAAUGUGUGAAGAAACAGGCUGACAAAGGUCACAGUGGCUUGCCUAUGGCUUCCAGGGGUGGGGGACCUGUGGCCUGGAGGCCACAUGUGGGCUUGAGGCCGCAGAUUCCUCACCCCUGCCGCAGGAGGAAGGAGCUCUCAAGUUCUCUAUGCCUGCCAGUUUAAGUUGGGGAUUGACCUUACUGCUAAAACAUUCAGGGUUGAGGAAACUCCCCAGUGCCUUUUGGUCCCAGGGACUGGCAUAAAACGAGGCAGAAGAGAGGAGAGGUGAAGGGGGUGUGCUGUGUAGGAGGAACCAGUGGAAAUCAGAAAGGAAAUCUCAUGCUGCAGAGACAGUUGUUUAGAGGCCUUUUGUCCCUACCCCUUAGUAGCAUACUUGGGGGAAAAAAUUGCAUCUAACCACUCCACCUGCUUGUUUCUGGCCAAGCUGACUCCUGCUUACUGAUUUGGCAUCUGCACAACUUAGCCCAGUUUUGACUGGAUCCAUGUUCUUUGACAAGCCCAGGAAGAAAUGCAGAAAGUCACUCCACAGCAAACUCAUCUCAUUCCCUGUCUACCCUCAGAGACAGACUUGGAAGUAAGAGGGAAGCACUGUUCACAGGACUGAGCAUUGCUGCCUGUAAACCUUUUGGACCUUGCCUGAGUGAGGCCAACUGUGUGCCCUCUGUUCUGACCCAAGUCUUAGGGUUUCACAUGCGCUGGUUCCCUCCUGCUGAUCCACCUCUAACCCUGUUGUGUGACCAGCAGACCAGGGGCUGGAUGGAAUCUCUCGGGAUGGGGCUGCUGUGGUUAGGUAUAGAACAGAUGCCCUCUCUCCUGUGGACAGCCCCUCCUUUGUUCUGCUGCCUCAGUGGAAAAGCCUGCAGAUACACUGCCAGCCAGCAGAGAUGCCUUCCUAACUUCCACCAUGAGCCGAAGUAGUUAAUAAUCGUAUCCUUGAAGGAAAACCCCAGCUUUCUACUUAAGACAUGGAAAGAAGAGCAAGUGGCAGCUCUGAUUACUGCUCCCAUUCUGGUUCGGUGAUGACCUGGGUCUCUUAUAAAAGACUUUAACCAAAAGAUAUUUUUUCUUUAUUUAAAGUUACUCAUUUCUCACACACUGAAAAAAAAGCCAAAUGUCUUGUGCCUUUCUAUGGGAGCACCAAAUCUCUAGUUACUUAUUAAGAAUUUACCAUGGAAAUUCUAGUCUUCCCCCAGCACUAUCCUACCCAGUACCAUUAGUCCCUAGAUAGAAGAAAGUUGCCAGGGAAGGGAGUGCUUCUAUAUAGCUGGAGAGAUGACAGAUUGAAACUGUAAGUGGUAACCUAUUGCCCUUUUGUCCCUGUCACAGUGUUUAGUUGGGAGAGGAAGCAUUGUGUCCCAGGAUCGCUAGGAUGGUUCAAGUCAUUUAGUUACAAUGGAGGUGUUAGCCAGAGAAGAGAGGUCAAAAUUUCCAAGUGACCAGAGUAGUCUUCAAGUGACUCAUGUACAAUUAUGAGUCUCCUGCCUUUCCUAACACCUUGGUCUUCUCCUUAGGUGAAGGCUUCAAACUAAGCAUGAAAUAGUCAGUACCUCCACAGGGCUUUAGUGUGCCCCAGAGAGACAACUCGGAGGGAGCUACAGAUCACUUCUCCUUGCUCCUCAAAGAGCCUCAAUGUCACUGCCGUAAGUUUUGGUUUCAAGCAAAGAAAGUGGAUUUUCUCUACCUGAUGCUAUUUUAUCUAUUUUGUUUCCUUCAUUUUCUCCCUACUUGUAACUAAAAAAAGGAUUGGGACAUGGUAAGGUUAUUUUUUUUAUUCAAACUUAUUUCUCAUUUCAAAAUUCUUUAUAUGGGUGGGGCUGGAGAGAGGAACCAGUAACUUCUCUUCAGAAUGAAGAAUCCCAGUUUGUAUAUCAGUGUUUAAAA